AUGCCUCCGAAGAAGGCGCGCUCAAGUUCGCCGGCGACCGAGCGCCGUGAGCGCCUCACUUUGGACAAACUGGCCAGUUAUGACGAUGUCGCAACCGAUGCGCUUGUCGAUCAUGCCUAUUUCUGGACGACCACGCGCAAGAACCGCACCAAGUACAGCCCUGCCCGCGGCAUUCAUGACGAUGAUGUUGGCCACAUUCUCCUCCACGAUGUGGCCGUUGCCAAGGAUGUCCAGCAGGCUGAGCGCAAACUACUGGAACUACCUGGUCUGCGUAAAUACCAUGCCCAGCUGCGUAGUCCUCGUGAGCAGGAAUGGUUCCGCCGACACCUCCGCAAAUACGUUCAAAUGUACCACCCGGACUGCCCCUACGAAGUGACCACCACCAACCGAUACAUCAUCACUGAGCAUGAGGCCUCCAUUUGUGCCCGCAAGCCUAUCAAAUCAGGCCAGGAGAUCAAAUUUUUGAGCGGAACUCUUGUUUCCAUGACCAAGGAAGAGGAGCAGGACCUUGGCCUGACUCGCAAGGACUUUAGCGUGGUGAUGUCUAGCCGCCGCAAGACCCCUUCGUUCUUCCUCGGCCCCGCCCGCUUCGCCAACCAUGACUGUGACGCCAAUGGCCGCCUGGUCACUCGCGGCACUGAGGGCAUGUCGGUCAUGGCCACGCGCAACAUUGAAGAGGGAGAAGAGAUCACUGUUUCCUACGGAGAGGAUUACUUCGGUAUUGACAACUGCGAAUGCCUAUGCUUGACUUGCGAAAGUUCAGUGCGCAAUGGCUGGUCUCCACAGGCGGAUUCAGACUCAAACAGCAGAGAGACUUCCGUGAAUGAGACUACGCCUGCACCUGCAGAGAGCAGUAGCAACAACAAAAAACGCAGGCGUGAUUCGGAUAUGGACUCUGAAGAUUCGAGUCUCUUAUGCUCCACCCCACGCAAGCGAACUAAAUUCCAGCGUCAGACUUCAAAGCUGCGUGAAGAAAUUUCCGCCUCUGAACUCCCUAACGACUCUUCUGUCACCCCAGAGUCGGAUAAUCCUCCUACCCCAGGCUCCGACUGUCCUACUCCUCUGAUUCCCGCCCCAACCGCGAUCGAACGACCACUGUCCAAUCUCAGACAGGAGAUCAUUCUAUCAGAAGUAUUGGAUCCACUUUCUGAGACCUCCUCGGCUGAACCUCAGUCUUCUAUUGAGUCUAAUGAAAUGACCAACGGCCAGCACACAGCGCCCGCGGAUCCGGAGUCCCCCAACUCUGCUACCGGCGAAUCUCAGCGAUCGGAAUCCAGCGUUCCCACCUCGGUGGAUGAGAAUGGACUCAAGGUCAAGACCGUGAAAAUCGAGCAGACCGGCUUAAGAGGCCUCGAACUUCAUGAAGCACUUCAGAACGCUGUUGAAAACACCCCUAAGCGUCGCAACAAGCGCAAGUGGCGCGUCAUUGCCUCCGUCGAGACCGAAGUACCCAUCGUCCGAGCCCCGGGAGACUAUACUAAAACGUCGAGACUCCUCGCCCAGAAAUACGACCGCUGGGUCGAUUGCCAGACCUGCGAAUCCUGGUUCGUCCAGUCGAACUCUUAUCAAACUCGCCGUGAGUGCCCUCGCUGCGAGAGGCACUCCAAAAUCUACGGCUUCCAAUGGCCCAAGACCGAAGGCAAAGAUCGAGUCAUGGACCACCGCGUUAUCCACCGAUUCCUUUCCCCCGAGUCAGAGGCUCGCGUCUCCCGCCGAGAUCGCGGCGUCAGCUUUGGAAUCACCCCAACGCCAGAGUUGUCGGAUGCGCGCACUGAGACCGAGACGAGCGACGUACCUGAGCCUCGUCGUAAUACCCGCGCCAAUAAGCGCCUUCGAAUGACGAUGUAA